AUGACCUGUGGUUUUUCAUGUCUUAAUCAAACAUGGAUUUUAUCAUCAGAUAUACUCGCUAAAUGGGCAUUUGACGGAACAUAUCUCGACCAAAUGAAUACUUAUACAGCAAUCGCAAAGAAUACUCCAUCUUUUAUUUCCAAUGGUUAUGUAAAUCAGGCUCUCUCACUCAAUGCAGCUUCUAAUCAAUAUUUAUACACUUCAUACAUUCCUUUAAUAAAUGCUAGUUUUACAGUUGAACUUUGGCUGUAUCCUACUGGAUUUCCAAAUUCAAAAGAUCAUGCUAUUCUUGGUCUGUGUACAAGUCUAUCAAAUGAUCAAUGUCUUCAUUUAACUAUUCGAAAUUCUAAUUCCACACAUCGUCUCUAUAUGUCCUUUGCUGGUGACAAUUGUGAAAGCAAUCAAUCUGUGCCACUCAAUGCAUGGACACAUGUUGCAUUUGUCUUUGAUAAGGAUACAUUUGCUAUGUCAAUCUAUUUGAAUGGAAAUCUUGUUGGACAUGCCAUAUCAGCAUUACCACUCCAAGGUAUUGAAAACAAUGUUACAAUAGGUUAUAUACCAGGAAUUGUUGCAGCUUAUGGCAGUAAUUUUUUUCAGGGUUACAUUGAUCAACUAACAAUUGUCCAUCGGGCAAAACCAGCCUGUGAAAUACUUGAUGAUGCUACAUUGGCGACGUAUUAUAAUUUUGACAAUAGUCCUGUUCUGAACGAUUCUGGACCCAAUUCUUUGCUAAGUACUUCACAAUAUGUCUCUUUUACAUCAUCUGGUCAUUCCUCUAAAGCUAUUUCUUUUAAUAAUUCAACAUCAUAUUUACAAAUAGGUGGUCUUACUGGACUUGGUAUUAGCAAUAAAGCUUUCUCAAUUUCUCUAUGGAUUCGACCUUAUUCAUUGUCAGGAACAAUCGUUUUUGUUUCAAGUACUGCAGCAGGCACUGGUUGGUGCUUCCCGUUUAUAGGCUUCGCCACUAAUGGUUCCAUAGUGGCUCAAUCAUGGGAUGGUACUGCUCGAGCUAUUUUUGGUCCAGCUAUAUCAACAUCUUCAGUAUGGUAUCAUAUUGUUGAAACUUGGAGUUCGACAAAUGGACUUCGACUGUAUAUCGACCAUGUUCUAGUAACAUCGGAUGCAUCGAUAGUGACUUAUUCAGCCAGUUCAGUGUCAAACUAUGUCAAAUUAGCCAAUAGACCGGGUGCUAAUGGUUGUGCAUUUGGUGCAGCUGGCACACAGACAGCAUUUUAUGGUGACAUUGAUGAUUUUAGAAUUUAUAGUCGAGAACUAACCGCUGACGAUAUCUGUGCAUUUUAA